AUGGAAGUAAAUAAAAUUGAUGAAGUAUUUAGCGAGUAUAAAAUUGAAAUUAUAUAUGAAAUUGAUGAAAAUAAUAAAAAUGAUUACGUUUAUACAAGUUUCGGGCCUCCUUAUGAUUGUAAUGAACCUGAUCAAAAUGCACACAAAAUAAAAAGAAUAAUUAAUGGAACUAAUGGGAAAAAAUUAAUUUUGUUUGAGGGUGUUGAAUAUGUUAUAAAAUUGAAAAAAUUAAAUAUUUGCUUGAUAGAAUAUAGUGAAAUUUCUGAGAUUGAAGAGAAGGUGGAUUUUGGUAGAUUAAAAAGAUAUCGAGUAAAUCAGAUGAUUAAGAUAGAUAUCGAGGGAUUAAAAGAUUAA